CGAGAUAGAGCAGAGAAAGUAAAUUAAGGUACGUAUACAUCUUAAUUGGUACUCAGGCUGGCUGCCAUGGCUGCUGCACGUAGUUUGCUGAGAGAGAGUUGUGCUCUUCUAAGCAAACCCAAACAAAUGUUGCCUUCUAUGAUAGAAGCUGGGGCGCGCCUCUUUGUCACGAGGUUCCUGAGAAGAUAUAUCUCCUGCGGACGUUUGAUAUUACUGGAGGAAGGGGGCAAAACAUUCAGUUUUGAGGGAAACAUGAGAAAAUGUUCUCUUGAAACCGUUAUUAGAGUUCAUAGUCCCCAGUUUUACUGGAAGGUCAUGACACGAGCUGAUUUAGGCCUUGCAGAUGCAUACAUUGAUGGUGAUUUUUCUUGCGCAGACGAAAGCGACGGCCUUCUAGAUCUUUUUAUGAUUAUUAUUGCUAGUAGAAAUGCAAAUUCCUCUGCCACAAACUCGUAUAAGAAAAGGGGCUGGUGGACUCCAUUGAUAUUCACAGCAGGCAUAGCAUCUGCAAAAGACUAUCUCAAUCAUUUUUUAAGGCAAAAUACUCUUACACAUGCUCGCAGGAACAUCUCUCGCCAUUACGACCUGAGUAAUGAACUGUUUGCUCUGUUCUUGGAUGAGACAAUGACAUACUCGUCUGCGGUAUUUAAGAAGGAAGAUGAAGACUUGAAAGUUGCACAGCUGAGAAAAAUCUCUAUAUUGAUUGAAAAGGCAAGAAUUGAUAAGAAGCAUCGAGUUCUUGAUAUUGGGUGUGGUUGGGGAAGCUUUGCUAUUGAAGUUGUCAAACAGACCGGGUGCAAAUACACAGGCAUCACUCUAUCUGAAGCGCAACUAAAAUAUGCGGAAAAGAAAGUAAAAGAUGCUAGCCUUCAGGACCAUAUUAGACUUCUUCUUUGCGAUUAUCGCCAGGUGCCUGAUACCAACAAAUAUGACAGAAUUAUAUCUUGUGAGAUGAUAGAACAUGUUGGCCACGAAUAUAUGGAAGAUUUUUUCAGUUGCUGCGAAUCAUUGUUAUCCGAAGACGGGAUUCUAGUUCUGCAGUUCUCAUCGAUGCCAGAUGAACGCUAUGAUGAGCACAAGAAAAGCUCAGACUUCAUAAAGGAAUAUAUUUUUCCCGGUGCAUGCAUACCUUCAUUAAGCAGGAUAACAUCAGCCAUGGCUUCUGCAUCCAGACUCAGUGUGGAGCAUCUGGAGAACAUAGGGAAUCAUUACUACCAAACACUCCAAUGCUGGAGGAAAAAAUUUAUGGAAAACCAAAGCAAAAUCAUAGCUCUCGGCUUUGAUGAAAAAUUUGUAAGGACGUGGGAAUAUUACUUUGAAUAUUGUGCAGCUGGUUUCAAGUCGCGUACACUCGGAGAUUAUCAGAUUGUAUUCACACGUCCUGGCAAUGUUGCUGCAUUCAGCAAUGCAUAUCAAAGUGUGCCUUCGGAGGUUGAUUCUGUUCCCGAUGAAGAUACCGAACCUUCAUAUUAA